UAAAUUGAAUUUCCUUGUAAUUUAGAAGAAGUAAUAAUUAAAUAAGAAGAAAAAAAUUUUCAAAGAAUAGCUACUAUGACUUCAAAUAUUGUUAAAGCAUUUUAGGGUUUAAAUAAUUUGACUUUGAAGAUGAAUUCCUCAUUGUUCAAUAAGCAAUAAUAUUUUGCUACAAAGAUGCAAGCUAGUUCUACAUAAAAUGGUAGAGACUCAAUUGGUAGAAGAUUAGGUAUCAAAAAGUUUGGUGGUGAAGAAGUAUUCCCCGAUGAUAUUCUUGCUAGAUAAAGAGGUUUUAAAUGGCACGCAGGUCAAAAUACCUAUGUUGGUAAGGACCACACAAUUCACUCUAAAGUCGAAGGUCAUGUUAGAUUUGAAAAAAAAUACACUGAUACUAACAGAAAGGUUGUCACUGUUCAUGUUGAACCUGGCUAAGUAAGAAAUUAAUAUAAUCGUCCUCCUCCUCCAUUUGUUUACCAUCCUGAACUCUAUCCUGAAAGAGCAGUUAACAACCCAGCUCCAACAAACUUUUAGGUUUAUAAACAAACUGUUUAAAAGGUUAAAAGAACUGAUUUUAGAGGUUCUAAGGUUGAAAACGCAAAUAGAAAUGUUGUUUAAAUUCCAUAGGCUUAUUUAGAAUAAUAAAAUCACUGGGAAGUUAAAUAAGAUAAUGGAUAAAAUAUUAUUCAAGCUAUGCAAAAACUUGAAAGUAAAUUAUUAGGAAUCUAAUAUGAACCUAUUAUUGAAGAUGUUUAAGGAGAAUAAGAAGUUGAAGUAUCUCAACAAUCUAAGUGA